AUGGCGUCGUUGCUCCGGAUGCUGCUGGCGCGCUACCGUGAGUCGGUGCUGGGGCGCCCCUACGGCGGCGUUCCGGGAGGUGACGGGGCCCGGCGGGGUGCCCGCGGUCCUCGCUCUGGCCGUGCCAGCGGAGGAGAUGCCGCUGGACGUGGCCGCUCUCGGGAAGGUCGGCGCGCUGAUUCCGCGGGAGGCGGUCGCCGCCAGAGGCAACGCGGCGACGACGGCCGCGCCGCCGAAUCAGAGUCGUCUGGGGAGCAGGAGCGCUCCUUCUGGUCCCGGAUUCGCGAGCGCCUUCGCGGGACAAACUCAAGCGAUAUUCGUGAAGCAUUUGAAGACCUUGAGGCUAACGUGGAGAUGCUAGAGAAACUGGAGGGCAUGCCUGGCCGCGUUUACAACUUGGCCAAAAAGAUUCAAGAGCAUAUGGUUACAGCUGGUGUUUCCUUGGGGGCCGGAGCCAUUCUUCUUAAAGGGAAGCUUCAAGAUACCUUCGCAUCCGUCAAGGAAAAGGUCUCCUCUGUGAAGGAGACGGUAAUGGACCGGCUGUCACCAAAGAAGGUCAGGCCUGCGCUGGAAGGGGAUGAUGCUUCGACAAACUACCCUGCACCUGGCCCCCUGGACUUCUCUAUGUAGAGAGCACAACCUGAAAAGGGUUGAUGCAUGUUUUCACUGAUUACCUUGUGUACUCUGUGUUUGGACCCCUGGACUUCUCUAUGUAGAGAAGACAAUAUGGAAAAGGGGUGGUGCUGCAAGGAGCUUAUACCCGGGAGUUCAUUUGGUGGGUGGUAUAAGUAAAGAUAUUGAUAUCUGUGCGUUCUUCGUUUUUAGUUGUAGGGGAAACAACUUGAGGACAAUUGAUUUUGUAUGGCAACGGUGGCUUGAUUUAGGAGAAACUACUAGAGGACAAAUGUGUAUGGCUAGAGUAAGGUUUCAUUUUGUACUUGACUUAGUUUCAGAACCUAGAACCUGAUGUAUGUUCUGUUUCUGCACAGUGAUUGCAUGAUAUUGAUGAGGAAGGUGUUAUGUGGUUUGGUAAUCUUUCA